CUCCUCCCCGCGCGUGUUGCGCGCCGCCCUGAUCGACACCGCCCGCUGACCGCCUUUCCCGCCUUACCUUCAACCUCAGGUACUGCGACGUGAAGAUCAAGGGCGCGUCCCUGUCUAAGAACCCCAUAGAGUCCGGUUCGUGCUUCGACCAGACCCUCCCGAUGAUGCACCGCAGGGCGGGAGCGCACCCGAAGAUCGACGCGCCCGUGCCCAAGUACGAGGCCCGCUCCAUGACGCACCGGUGGCCCACCGACAAAGGUCGAACCUCCGAGUUUCUCCGCAAGGGCGACGGCGACAGGAUCAAGGCCGGCGUGCUGCGCAAGCCGAAGCCCGACAUCGGCCCGCCGAAGGCUGGCGCGUUUAAACCCAGGGACAAUCCCCCGAACUCGCUGUUUCGCAAGGUUUACGAAAACGGAGACCUGCCCGUGGCGGUGUCCACGGGCACCAAGAAUGAAAUCGCGUGGAAAGUGGAGAGGGUCGACAAGCUGGAUUACCACCACUACCUCCCCAUCUUCUGGGACGGCGUGCGGGAGAAGGAGGAACCGUACAGAUUCCUCGCGGUCAAGGGCGUGGAGGAUAUGCUCAAGGCUGGCGGCCAGAAGAUCCUACCCGUGAUUCCCCAGCUCAUCGUGCCCAUCAAGACAGCGCUGAACACGCGCGACCCGGCGGUGGUGUGCAUCGUGCUUCAGCUGCUCCAGAAGCUGGUGGUGAGCGCCGAUAUGGUGGGCGAGGCGCUCGUGCCCUACUAUCGGCAGAUCCUGCCCAUCCUGAACCUGUUCAAGAAUAAGAACGUCAACGUGGGCGACGCAAUCGACUACGGCCAGAGGAAACGGACGUGCAUCGGCGAGCUCGUGCUGGAGACGCUGCAGCUGUUCGAGACGUACGGCGGCGAGGACGCGUUCAUCAACAUCAAAUACAUGGUGCCCACGUACGAGUCGUGCAUCAACCUUUAAGGGAAUGGCAGGUAAGGGGGGGUAGUUGCACCGAAAUAGAGUUGCGAGAAUGUAAUGCGCCAGUCGUAAAUGUGAUAGCG